GCCGCGAAUUCAACCUCGCCGGUAGCAUGCUUGUCCGUGCUCUGGUGGCGAGACCUCGCUUUGGGAUACCGACAGCUAGGUGAGGUAGACGGCGUGCAGUAAACGAGUCUACGAUCAGUAAUACCCUGAGUACAGACUGAAGAAAGCCAACAGCAGUGCUUGACGAAGGUACUCCUACAACACAAGAGACAGACAAUGAGUGAGUGGAGCGUAGUGUUAGUGAGUGGCCACCUCAGUUAGUGCGGGAUGUACAAGACAGUGCGUCAAGGCGAGAACUCCCUCCAGUACCACAUCCUUCCGCAGGAUGACGUCGGUUCUGGCCACGUGAUGAAGCGCAGGCGCUCCACACGCCACCGGACCGCGUUCAUCCUGGUGAUCACGCUGAUCCUGGGAUGUGCCAUCGUCGCCGCGGCUGUGCUGAUCCCCGUGCUGAUGGCCUCUAAUGUGGUGACUCUCCCCGCGAGGUUCCAGACAUUCGCCGUAGCCGCUUCUAGCGUCAACAUGAAAGCCCACGGCAAGUACACUCUGCAAGGCGCCCAGUACAUCGCCUUGCUGCCGGUCAAGGACCCCCUCGGUCACUUUAACGCAUAUCAAAUCAAACCUUCCAUCCUGACCACGACAACCACGACCACGACUACGACCACGACACCCAAGCCGACUACGACCAUGACGACUGCAAGUCCUCUAACGACGGAGGUGUUCAGGAUAAAAGACACGAAAGAGAGUGGUCUGCGAGGGGUGAGGACGGAGAACAACGACCCUCACAGACCACACGAUAGCACCAUUUUGACAUCAAGAGGGGAGCUGCAUCGACCACGGUGGAUGCCAAAUCCCUACAUGCCUUGGGUGGAACACAAGGGCGGCGCCCUGAUGUUAAGUUUGGGGGUGGCUCUGGUAAUGCUGCUAGCUACCGCUACUUUAGGGUUGUGCCUUUACCUCCGGCGACGGGCGUUCAACACAAGGAGAGAUGUGGAACGAGACAAGGGCACCCUCCUGGCUGAGGUGUCAGGUGACGAAGACUGAGGAUGACAUGUCACCCACACUGUAACUCUCAGGGAAAAUGGCUGACAUCACUCUACAACCCUCAUAAACCUCAUAUUUUUUCAUGUAUACCUCUCGAAGCUAUUUUAUUACUUAAGUUAUUUGAUUUAUAAAAAUAUUUGUGCGCUGACUUAAAUUUAAUACGACUUGUACUGUACACAUUAAAAUAGAUGUUCUUAAAAUGGUACUGUUGUAACAUUGUAAUUAUCAAUAUAUUGGAAGUUAUAUUUUACUAGUUUUAUUUCCUGUAUAAAUGAGAACUCUAAAAAUAAUUUUAAAAAGUACAAGUUCUUCAUCAUUAAAAUAAGAGAAAAGAACUAAUGUUCUUGUUUUCAAAAACAUGUAUAAUGUUAACUAUUAUUUUAUUUCUGCAUUGAAAAUAUUUUAAUAUUGCAGUAUUUUCAAGAUAAUAAGUCUCUCAAAACCAACGUAUUUUUGUUAGCUAAUGCAUGUUUAUAUCUAUAUAGUAAAGUUAUAAAAGUAUAAGUUCACCACAUAUUUUUUAUUUAAUACAUAACAGAUAUUUUAUCUUUCACACUAAUCAAACUCGACUUGGUCAAGAUAAAGCAUUGAAUGCAUUUUAUUUGAAAACAAACGACAGUCAACAACGAUUCAUUUGCUUUUUAAUUAUAUUUGAUCAAAAAGUGUUUUUGGAGUAUCUUUACCGUUCAAUCUUGGAUUAGUAAUUUUAACGACAGUGUAAAAACUCAGUUAAACUCAAAUUGAUUCCUUAAUUAGCUAUUUCAUAAGACGCGAUAUGUUAAAAAUUAAAUAGUAAAAAUAAAGAGAAUUUCUUGUAAAACGAAAUUUAAACGAAGCUAUUAUAAAGCAUUCUUCGGCAACCUUGAGUGUUAUUCAAUUCUUGUAAGGUGGACUUUGAAAUUAAGGCGCGAAAUAAUAUAACAUUCUUAAUUAAAACAUUAUAAUGACAUUUAUAGUUACCUAACUAACAAAUAUAUUGUGUGAUAAAUAUAAUGAAACUGAUAAAUAUAAUAUCUUCUUUCAAAAUUAUAAUAACAUGUAAAUGUAAAUUACCCAAAAGAUUUUUAUACAUAUAUUUAUUUUUACAGUAAAAAUUAUUAUUUUACCAUAGCCUAUAUUUAUUUUUUUGCAACAACAGUAAAUGAAGUUAAAAAUUAUUGAUCUAUCUUCCAACUAUUAUUUAAGAUUCUUAACUUUACUCGAUGUUUAUGUUUCAAAAUAGUUAAAAUGCUAAUUUGGAGACAUUAUCAAAGAAUGAAAUUGAUAGUCAAACCUGUAUUUUUGAGAAUAAAACAAGUAAAAUAAGGUAAUGCCAUUUUACAUCUUAAUUAAAAGUAAUUCAUCUGCCUGACAGUUUUAAGGUAUUGUUAUAUAAGGCACAUACAUGGAUACAUUGUACAUAUUAUACGUCAAGUAUAAAUAAUAAGACAAUCUGUUAAUGAAACUUUUGCCAGAAGCGAUUUGUGAUUAAGAUUCAAAAUGUGAUAUUUAAUUACUUUUUUUAAUAAACACUUUCUAUAAAUUUUUCUCACAUUAUUAGGAGCACAUUUUUUACUGUUAACGUUGUUUUAAACUAACGUAAUACUCAAAUAAUUAAAAGGAACCCUUAUGAUGUUAAUGACCUGAUUAUUAUACAUUUGAUGUUUUUGACACACUCUAAUGAGUAUGUUGUACGUCUUACUUGUCAAUUAUGACUAUUAAUUAAAUACCUUCUAUAUGUUCCUAAAAAUACUACUAAAAUAUCUUAUCUUGGUGUUUUUCCAUCUGUUUCCAUAUAUUGUCUUGUCUUACUCUUCGUUGUUCCACUAGUAUCAUGUAGUGUAAACAUUUAAGUACUGUAAAUUCGCAAAGAUGAGGCCAUUUUCCACGUGAAAUAUGUAUUUUGUGAUUAACUGCUAAGCAACAGAAUUAUUUUGUAUUAGUGUUAUGGAACCAUGUAUAAUGUUGUUUACUGUCUAUAACUAUUUAAUAUAUGAAACAAAUUGUA